AUGGCCAAUUACUAUGAGCAUUACCAGAUCCCAUACGAUUACAAUCAGGUUAAUCUCUAUGAUCAUAACUAUUAUUACGAUAACAAUCAACAGCAGCAGUUUGUUCCCGACCCAAUGAGUUAUUACAGUUAUAGUAACUGGAAUGGAUCUGAGUAUGAGACAGCCUCUGCAUCUGUUGCCUACUCUGUUUCAACCAUGUCUGAGCCCAAACACUUGUUCUACGAUCCGAAUCUCUACACAACCUACGAAUCUCUUCCUCAGUUUAGCAUCUAUUGCUCUGUUCAAGGCUUCAACGAGCCGGAGUUCGACGAAUACGAUCCGACGCCGUACAAUGGUGGCUACGACAUCGUUUCAACCUACGGAAAGCCUCGUCCUCAGUCGGUGGAGAUUUGUUACCCUUCUUCAACCGCUGCUCUGGGAAAACCUCCUUCUCCUCCGGAGAUUAUCACUCCUGUUCCUCUUGGAAUUUAUGAGGGCGGUGAAAAAAAACUUGCUAAGAAACGUGUGACUUUCUCUGAACCGUUGACUGAAUCGAAACCAUUGGAAACCAUCAAAGAAGAUGAUAAUCGUGAAGAAGAGGAUGAUCAUGAAGAAGAAGAGGAAGAUGAAUCAGAAGAAGAAGAGGAAGAUGAAUCAGAGGAAGAAGAAAAUGAGGAGCAAAAAGAAGAAGAAGUUAAAUCUGAAACUGUAGAAGAUAAAGGAGAAGUGAAAGCUCUGUAUGUUCCGUCUGGUUACGGCUUAGAAGCGACGGAUCUCUGCGAGGUGAUAUUCGGAGGUUACUUUCCUUGUGUGCUACGUAACAAAAGACGCCAGGAAGAUGAAAAGGAUCGUGCGUCUGCUGUUUCUUGCUGGGACAGCAACGACUCUGAUCCGUGGAAGACGACUUCCGACUACCUUUUCGGGGAUUCGUAUCCGUACGGUAAUGAGAAUCGGGUCGAGAGAAGUCAGUUCGAGAUCUCCUCUUAUGGGUACCAGAGGUACUAA